UGUCAUAACAAAAGUUUUCCCUCAUAUCUCUUUCUUCUGAUCCAUGGCUUAUCUACUCAUAGCUUUUGUUUCCUUGGUCUUUCAGUGUUUAGUCCCUAAAGCUUAUAGCUAUGGCCAUGCACAUGGCUGCCGAUCAUAUUGCGGAAACUUGACCGUCGAUUACCCUUUUGCACUUCAACCGGGCUGCGGCCACCAGGGCUACCGAGAUCUCUUAUAUUGCAUCAAUAAUGUGCUAAUGCUUCACAUAAGCUCGGGAUCAUACCGCGUUUUGGACAUUGAUUAUGCAUACCGUUCCCUCACCUUAGACGAACCUCACAUGUCGACGUGCACGACGAUCAUGCUCGAUAAACGGGGCAACGGAUUUGUAGUCGAGCGGUGGCGGGAGCCGUACUUGAGCCCCAUGACGGACAAUGUGUUCAUGCUGCUGCAUUGCAAGGCAGAAUCACCACUCUUCCAAGGUUUCUCAGGAAAGCACUUGCCCUGCAGGAAUGUUGCUGGGAUGGGCUGUGAUGACUAUUAUGGUUGUGCAGCAUGGAGCCUAAUUGGGCCGCAACGGGCGGGCUCGGUAUAUGGAUCGGGCCCGCCCGAGUGCUGUGCUAUUGCAUACGAAGCAAUCAAGGAUGUAAAUUUGACAAGGCUUGCUUGUCAAGGGUACAGCAGUGCUUAUAAUCUAGCACCCUUGAGAUUGACUGGCCCUGAUGAAUGGUCUUAUGGUAUAAGGGUGAAGUAUUCAGUUCAAGGAAAUGAGACAUUUUGUAAAGCUUGUGAGGCAACUGGUGGAUCUUGUGGUUAUGAUGUCAAUGAUUUUAGUAGUUUGUGCAUGUGUGGUAGCUGGAAUUCUACUUCGAAUUGCGAUUCAGUCCCCUCAGCUUCGCAUAGAAGAACUUUGUCAUUCAUGGAUGCACUAACUGGAUUUUCGAUCUGUGUAGUCAUUUGGGAUCAGCUCACCAUCAAACUUGGAUUAUAGAAGCAGUUUGUUUCCAAAAAUCCACACGGACCUUGAUUUUGUCGAGUGCUGUGAAAAGUCAAAAACGGAAUUUUCAAAUUCAAUUUUUCAGAAACUUGAAACAGACACCAAGGAAAAUACAAAGCAAUAACAUCAACGCCUGGGGCACAGUUGGAAGAUGCAUGGUUGUGUUUAUAUUGUGUCACAGGUCCUUGGUUGGUAUUAAAUCCUAGUUUUGGAUUGUGUGCACUAUAUACGGGUGAAACCGGACCCAUAAGCAAACCCGAUUACCGAUAAAAUAAAUCAAAUAAGGAACGCGAUGACAAGGAACCGGAGCACAACGUCCACCCUUGAGUAUAUAGAGGCCAUGACCUCGGGAUCGGUCCAAAUCUCAAAAGACUUUGGAGAGCAUUAUUGGGCAAUCUAACACGAUUAACGGGAGGACGUAAUAUCCGUGACCAACCGGGUAUCAUGGCGCGGAUCUCGGCAAGUACCGACGGGAAUCCAGUAAUUAGUUAAAUGGGAUAUUUUUGCAUUUUAUGGAAUUGUACCUAGAGUGGGAUUCCCCUACUAUAUAAAGGGGGGGUCUCAUUAUUCAUUGAACACAUUGAAACACGCA